CACGGGGCCAUAACGGGCCACGGGGGUCCUAUGCAAAAUUGACCACCUCCUUCCUUCCCUCUCCCUUUCUCUCUCCUACUUCUUCAUUUCCAGCUUCAUUUCCCAAGAAUUUCUCCUUCGUCACCGAUUAUCUCAAGGUUUUCAGAAAUUCUCUCUUCUACCAUGGAGUUCUUCGCCUAUCGCGACGGUAACAUUUCCAAUUUCAUCGACAACCGUACAAUCGACUUCCGCCAUGAUUUCAAACAUACUUUACAAAUGCACUCGUCCAUGGUGCGGAGGCUGUCACUGGAAAGGGAAUUGGAGGGACACAUAGGUUGUGUAAAUACUAUUGCUUGGAACUCAAAGGGUACACUCCUGAUAUCCGGAUCAGACGACACUCAGAUUAAUAUUUGGAGGCACUCUGAUCGUAAACUUUUGAAUUCCAUUGAGACGGGUCAUUCUUCCAACAUAUUCUGUACAAAAUUUGUACCCGAGACUUCUGAUGAGAUUGUGGUGUCUGGGGCCGGUGAUGCGGAGGUUCGUGUGUUUAAUAUCUCCUGCUUAAGUGGAGGAAGGGCUGAAGAGAUUCAAGAGACUGCUAUGACUCCUUAUGCUCAUUUUCAGUGUCACACUAGGAGAGUAAAAAAAUUAGCGGUUGAGGUUGGAAACCCAAAUGUGAUAUGGAGUGCUAGUGAAGACGGAACCUUGAGACAGCAUGAUCUUCGUGAAGGUUGUUCUUGUCCCCCUGCUGGAUCUUCCAAUCAAGAAUGCCGCAGUGUACUACUUGACUUACGUGGUGCUGCAAAAAGGUCCUUGGCUGAACCUCCUAAACACCUGCUUCAAUUGAAGUCUUGUGAUAUCAAUGUGACAAGGCCUCAUCUGCUUCUUGUCGGUGGAAGUGAUGCAUUUGCUCGUUUGUAUGAUAGAAGGAUGCUGCCUCCGAUGUCUUCGUGUCGGAGAAAAACUUCACCACCUCCUUGUGUAAACUAUUUUUGCCCAAUGCAUCUCUCUGAGCGGGGUAAUUCAGGCUUGCAUUUAACUCAUGUAACUUUUAGUCCCAAUGGCGAAGAAAUUCUUAUGAGUUAUAGUGGCGAACAUGUCUACCUGAUGGAUUUAAAUCAAGAUGGUAGAAAUGCUAGGCAGUACACAUGUGGAGAUGUUGUAAAACACUGGAGCUUUUCUCCUGCUCUUAAUGGAGUGGAACUUUCACCUUUAGUAGCUGUUGCUUCUGAAAGAAUCUCCUCAGCCAAAAGCUAUGCUACUGUGCAGAGUGACAAGUCCAGAAAACUGAUGGAAAUUGCAAAAAUAUGCUUGGAAGAUGAGGAACAGUAUUGCAUUGGAAUUGAAGAUAGGGAACAGUAUUGCUAUGGAAUUGAAGCAUGCAAUGAAGUUCUGGAUGGAGGUUGUGCAAUUGAUUCCCUGAUGAAGCAUGAUUGUCUCUGUACACGUGCUGCCUUACUUCUUAAGCGGAAGUGGAAAAAUGACGCCCACAUGGCUGUAAGGGAUUUGAAUGAAGCUCGAAAAAUUAAUUCAUCUUCUUUUAAAGAACUCGUCUACAUGUCUGAAGCUUUAUCCCAGGUGAGCAAGUAUAAAGAAGCUCUAGAUUUUGCUCAUGCAGCUCAGGGUCUGGAUUCCUCGAAUGCUGAAGUGGCAAAAAUGGUGGAAAGUAUACGGAACGAGCUUUCAGCAGCUGAAAAGAACAAGAAGUUGAAUGAUGUAGGAUCCAAAUCUGACCCACGUGCUGGCGGAAUUAUAUCAUUAAGUGACAUACUUUACCGCACAGAAGCUAAUAGUGAUGCUUCACGAGAUGGUCCUAGGUCUGAAAGAGAAGAGUCUGAUGAAGAAAUAGAGUUGGAUUUUGAAACGUCAAUGUCAGGUGACGAGGGCCGUGAUGCCGAACCGAAUGUUCUUCAUGGAAGUUUGAAUUUGAGGGUUCCUAAACAAACUGAUUCAGCUAGAGAAGCUGGUGGUUCAAAUAGGUUCUGCGGAUCUCCAUCUUCUUCCUGCCAAGAUGACGAAACAAUUUAUCAGCCAGAAGCAGUCAUUGAUAUGAAACAGAGAUAUGCUGGUCACUGUAAUGUAGGAACCGACAUAAAACAGGCUAGUUUCUUGGGCCAGAAUGGUGAUUAUAUUGCAAGUGGAAGUGAUGAUGGCAGAUGGUUUAUUUGGGAAAAAAAAACUGGCCGGUUUAUCAAAAUGCUCCUUGGAGAUGAAGCUGUGGUGAAUUGCAUCCAGUGCCACCCAUUUGAGUCUGUUGUGGCUACUAGUGGAAUAGAUAAUACGAUUAAGAUUUGGACUCCAAGUGCUUCCGUCCCCUCCAUGAUAACUGGAGGGUCAGCUGAUUCUGUUUCAGUAGGUGUUGAAAAGGCUCAAGUCUUGAUGGCGAUGGAAAGCAAUCAACAAAGCUUGUGCCAGACACGUGAAGAUAUUCUGCCACGUGAACUGUUCGAUAGGUUUCGCAGGCAUGGCUUCACCGAAGGAACGCUGCAUCCGUUUGAGUGUGCUCAGAGCUAGUUGCCCUCCUCCAUAGAUUUCCCAGCGUCUCAUUUUUCCUUAAGAGUUCGCGACUUAACUAUUUUUCAUUCACAAUCUGCUGCUGGCCAAGUGAAAUUCAGCCUGAAGAAUUCCAUGAAAUAUGUGCCAUUGUCACCCAUGAGUUUUACAGCAACUUGCUUGUAUAUGAUUGUUCCAACAUGUUGCUGCUUUUUCUAUUCUAAUUUUUCUUGAAAGAACAGGUUAGUGAUACAAUUUGCUCCUUUUUUCCCCCACUUCUUGGAAGGUCUGGAAAUCCAUUACUAAGAUGGAUGGUUGCAAUAUGUGGUCUAUGUAAUUUGUUCUCUAGAUGAGUCACGAUAACUUGAACAAACGGCACAGAUGUACAGCCCCUUUUUUUUCUUCUUCUUUCAAAAACACUUUCGGGUUAGGGUUUUGUAAGUGGACAUUGCAACUGUAAUUGGGUUCAGUUUAACUGUAAGUAAAUAAAUUUUCGGUUAAGAGUUGGAA